AUGGCCAACAACACGAAACCGCCGAGGUACGCAGACGUCGGCAUCAAUCUUGGAGACCCCGUCUUUCGAGGGGUCUACCACGGGAAGCAUGCGCAUGAGGAUGAUUUAGACGACGUGGUCCAACGAGCACUGACGGUGGGCUGUACCAAGUUGAUGGUCACUGGCUCCAGCCUGAAAGAAUCUCAGCAUGCUGUUGAGCUCGCGAAACAGUACCCUGGCACUUGUUUUGCGACGAUUGGAAUACAUCCUUGCUCGACACAAGACUUUGACAAUCACGUCGGCGGCCCCGGUGCACUGAUCCAAGAACUUCGUGCUCUGACUCUCGAAGCAACAGCGAGUGGACACGCAGUGGCCUUUGGGGAAAUUGGGCUGGACUACGACCGGUUGUUCCUAUCUCCCAAAGAUGUGCAACUCAAAUAUUUCGAGCUGCAGCUGGAUCUGGCCGAGGAGAUGCAGCUGCCACUGUUCCUCCAUUCACGGGCUUGCAGCGACGACUUUGAAAGAAUCCUCAGUGCACGCUUAGACAAGCUACCCAAGCGCGGACUGGUACACAGCUUCACGGGCACUAUACCGGAAAUGGAGGCUCUGGUCAAGCUUGGCUUUGACAUUGGCAUCAACGGGUGCAGUAUGAAGACAGCAGAGAACCUGGCGGUGGUCAAAGCGGUGCCUUUGGAUCGGCUGCAGAUCGAGACUGAUGGACCGUGGUGUGAGAUACGAGCAUCGCACGCUUCAUCGCAGUACCUGAAAGAUGGGCCAGCCAUCCCCAAGGCAGUGAAGAAGGAGAAGUGGCAUAAGGGGAUGAUGGUCAAGGGACGCAACGAGUCGGCGACAAUUGUGCAAGUGGCACACGUGAUUGCUGGGGUGAAGGGGAUUGCGGUGGAGGAAGUGUGUGAGGCGGCGUGGACGAAUUCGACCGAGAUGUUUGGAUUGGGAUGCGAGGAGUCGAAUGCCUAG